UUAUGUCUUACAAUAUAAAAUGUUACUUGGUAUAUUAUUGUAUGUGGAUGCUACAUGUGAAACAUGCCUGAAGUAAUGGGGAACUUAUCUACUUCUAAAUUCUUUAUUCUUUCUGGGCUGCAGGACUCAGGAGUUUACAAGCAUCAAUACUUCUUGUUGGUGUUUGUCCUUUACACCCUCAUUAUUACAGUCAACUUAACUUUGAUUUGUAUUGUGACAGUGGAUAAAAGUCUCCAUGAGCCCAUGUACAUUUUCAUCUGCAAUCUACCACUGCAGUACCACAGCAUUAUGUUCCCACGUGCUGUGUUAAAGUUGCUUGUAUUAGCCUGGGGUUAUUCUCAUUUGGCAACAGCAAUAGCUGUUAUCCUUACUUCUAGAAUACCCUUUUGUGGAUCACACAUCCAUAAACUAUUCUGUGACAAUGCUUCAAUGGUAAUGUUGGGGUGUUAUCGGGCAACAGCCAACCAUGUAUGGAGUAUGGUGGUUAUUUCAGUAUGUCUUAUACAGUUUGUUUUAAUUUCAAUUUCUUAUGCUCAUAUUGUCCAUGUUUGUAUAUCAUCUAGUGAGGGUAGAGCAAAGUUCAGUAAAACUUGUGUGCCUCAUAUUGUAGUUAUGGUCAUAUAUAUUGUGACUGCAUUGUUUUGUAUUUUACAGCUGGGAUGGUUCAGUAAAUCUUCCAAUUGGUGUAAUGUGUCGUUGGCUAUACAAUUUCUGAUUCUUCCCCCACUAUUAAACCCAUUAAUUUAUGGCCUCCAACUUCCAAAGAUUCGAAAAGUACUAUGUAGACAAAGUUGUAAACACAAAGUGUGUUGUCUUAGAAAUAAUGCAUGA